AUGGCUGAGAUCCGUCGUAAGCUCGUCAUCGUCGGAGACGGUGCGUGCGGCAAGACCUGCUUGCUCAUCGUCUUCUCCAAGGGCACCUUCCCUGAGGUCUAUGUGCCCACCGUUUUCGAGAACUACGUUGCCGAUGUCGAGGUCGAUGGAAAGCACGUCGAACUAGCGCUAUGGGAUACCGCCGGUCAGGAGGAUUACGACCGUCUCCGCCCGCUGUCCUACCCCGACUCGCACGUCAUCCUCAUCUGCUUCGCCGUCGACUCACCCGAUUCGCUCGACAACGUCCAGGAGAAGUGGAUUUCCGAGGUUCUGCACUUCUGCCAGGGCCUGCCCAUCAUCCUCGUCGGAUGCAAGAAGGAUCUGCGUCACGACCAGAAGACGAUCGAGGAGCUGCACAAGACUUCGCAGAAGCCCGUCACUCCUGAGCAGGCCGAAGACGUCCGCAAGAAGAUCGGCGCGCUCAAGUACCUCGAGUGCUCGGCCAAGACCAACGAGGGUGUGCGCGAGGUGUUUGAGCACGCAACGCGCGCCGCACUGCUCACCCGCAAGAAGGAGAAGAAGAAGUGCAGCAUCUUGUAA